AUGUUAUAUUCUUACGAAGCUGAAGAAUUAUCAAAAAAAUUUAUGGAACAAAAUAUUGAAUUACAACAUGAAAUUGAAACAUUUCGUUCUAAACUUGAUUAUAUUGUAACAUAUAUUAAUCAAAAAUUGGAUCAACAAAAAACAACAACAACAACAACAUUAUCAUCUUUAUCUAUACAUCAAUUAGUAUUUGAAACUAUGCAACAAACAGAAAUGAAAUUACUUGAAUUUAAAUUAAAAUUUAUUUCACAACAAGAAGAAAAUGAUCUUUUAAAAUAUUUAUUUGAUAAUUCAGAUGAAGGAAUUAAAUUUCAUAUGGAAAAUCUUAAAUUAAAAUGUGAUGUAUUACAUAAACAUAUUCUAACAUGUAGUCAACGAUUAGGUGAUAUUAAUAAACAAAAUCUUAUGAAAUUAACAAAUAAAAAUCAAAUAUUAAAAAUUAGAACUCAACAUGAAGAAUCAAAUAUUGAUAAUAAAAAUAUUGAACUUGAAUUUGAAUUAUUACGUUUACGUGAACGUUAUAGUGAAUUAAUUGAACAUACAAAUACACUUAAAUCUGAAUUAAAUAAUGCACAAAAACAAUUACAUGAACAAGAAAAAAUUGAACCAAAUUUAAAUGUUGAUUUGGAAAAAGAACGACGACGUGCAGAUGAAUUUGAAAAUGAUUAUAAAUCUUUAAAAAUAAAAUAUGAUGAUGUAUGUGAACGUAUUCGUAUAGCUACACAUCAAUUAGAACAUGUACAAAUUGUACUUGAAGAAACAUCACGUCGUUGUGAACAAUUAGAAAAAGAAAAGUCCGAAAUUAAUGCUCAAUCUGAAUAUCUUUCACAAAAUGUUUUUAAUGUAACAUCAAAAUAUAAAGAUAAAUUAAAUACAAUUAAAGUUCGUUUAGAACAAGCAGAACGUGAAAGACGUGAAGUACAACUUCUAACAAAAAUAUUUGAUAUUAAAAUUAUUCCAUCAGAUCAUUCAUUAUCGGAUGAAUAUGAAAAUCGAUAUUUAUAUGAAUUACAACAAGAACGAAAGGAAUUAAUGAGAAAGAUGCAAAAUGAAAAUGAACAAAUGCAACAAAAAUUAUCUGAAUCAAUGCGUCGUUCAACAAUUGAUUCAUUAGUACAAGAAAAUCCAACUAAUUAUACAUAUUCUAAUUCUCAAAUACAAACAAAUGUUUUAAGAUGUGCACAUUGUUUUGCACCUAAAUCAAAUGAUUUAUAUACACGAUUUUGUACGGAAUGUGGUCUAUCUUGA